AUGAAGCUCCUCAAUCCCUCGAGCUUCGCCGCUCAAUUCCAGAAGCUCUCAAUAUCCUCAUCUCCCCUACGACCCCGCAUAACACCCUCUUCCACGCUGAAGUCAAUCGCAUCCCCCCCGAGAAUCCUCCGUCCAUUCUCCAUCACAGCCUCCAGGGGCGGCAAUUGGCUCCUCCCAACAUCCCCCGAGAAGAAACGAUCGCGUAAAGGCAGACCGCGUGUGCCAACCGGCGGGUCAGCAAGAGGAACAACGAUAGUAUGGGGAGACUUUGGACUGCGGAUGGCAGAUCAUCAUCGACGGGUCAGCGCCAUGCAGUUGAAGAAUGGGGAGGAGGCUAUUAAGGUGCGGCUAAAGGGGAUGCGGUAUCGGUUGUACAAGAGAGUUUGUGCGAGUAUUGGAGUGUAUACCAAGGGUAAUGAGGUCCGUAUGGGUAAAGGAAAGGGAUCAUUCGAUCAUUGGGCGUCGAGAAUUGCUGUUAGCAAAAUUAUCUUUGAAUUAAAGGGUGAUGUUCACGAGCAAGUGGCCAGAGAUGCUUUCCGAUUAGCUGGGAACAAGAUGCCAGGUUCGUACGAGUUUGUCAAGAAGGGAGAUCCCCCUGUUGUUGGAAUUACGAAGUUGGAUGGGAUUACAAUGGAGGAGUUAAAGAGACCGCGGAGAGCCAUCCCGUUAGCCAUGCCCCUGGGCUCUACUGCUGAAACUAUCCCAACUACAGCUUCUACAUCUACGUCUCCAGAUGCUUAG